AUGUUAGGUUGUGUAAAGUUGAUGUUGUUUUUGUUAAUUAACACAUUUUGUGAAUUCGUAUACACAUUUGAUGUAAAUGACUACUCCAAUAAAUUGUAUAGAGAAAUUAGCAAAAACUUCUCAAUUCAACAGAAAUCGCACAUCGAUAAACAAUUCCAAUUAAAUCCCAAAUAUGUGAAAAGAGUAGAACUGGUAUUACGUGAGAAAUAUGGCGAGAAAGAAGUUAACUAUUUUAGACAAAUGCUAAAUGAUUACUAUCACAAGGAUAAAGAGGAUGUAAAGAUUUUUGAUGAUUCAUUACAGAUUAUUUCAAUGAUUUUAAUAAACUUGAUGAUUACCAGGUCUGUGUUGCACUCAGGCAAUUUCUGUAAUAACUCAUUCUAUCGAUCCCCUCCUGUGUUCAUAGAGACUGGAGAUGAUUUGGAAACAGCUCGUAUAAUAAUAAGACUAAUAAAGAGAGAAUUUGAAAAGUUUGAGAAUGUGAAAAAUGAGUGCAUAGUUCCUAAUUUGGGAAGGUUUUCUCAGAUCAGGAGCUUGGCAAGGGAUUUGCCUGUUCCCACACGUACUGAUACACCCUGUAGUACUCAGGCAUCAUGUGAUAAACUUGCCAUGUUAAUGAACCUCUGCUCAUAUAUUAGGUCAGGAGUCGGAUUCGCUUAUGAUAUUUAUGCUACAAUGAUUCACGUGUUAGGGAACAUGUUAUCUGUUCUAUGUGGUUGUAUUUUUGUUGGUCCAGCACAUGUUUGUCUAUUGAAGAAUUUUCCUGUAUCUCCGUUACGGUGUCUGGUCCACCGGACAGUAGUCCAAUGGCCAUCCCCUAACCCCCAAAAGGGCUUCUAUUUAGAUAUAUCAAUACUAAUUAUACAGUUAUUUACUCCCUCCUUAGGUACUUAA